UCCUUUCUUAUUUGGACGAGCUUUUUCAGUGAUGUAGGGGAAGGAGCGCGGUCAUUUCAGCGCCAGGAUGCCAACUACGAGUCUUUUUCUGUUUUGCGCAUCUCACAGCUCCGUCACCACCGGCGUGGUGAGGAGGAAAGAAACAAGUGACAGAUAAGCGCGGAGGUAAAGUUUGAGGUUUCCCGCUCACCUAUCCUCCUGCACGCGCGCACCCCUCACCUUUCUUAACCGCUCGCGAGGAAGAUCAGCGUCAGUAGAACAAUUGACAAGCAACUUGAAAGAGAGCUGACUAUUGCUGUGGCAUCUGCACGGGGAUCUGGCGGCGCGGUUGGAGGAAUUUGAUGUGCGCAACGACGAAGGAUACGGCGUAAAUGAUGUUUGCGUUGAUGACAGCUGGAGUACGGUCCGUCACUUGAGUGCUUUUGGUCAUUUAACCAGCGAUUGUCGACUUUUGGUGGAAACCCGUGUAAAUGGGAGGGCACCAGGCGGACUGAGACGGAUUUUGCAGUCGAGAAAAAUGUGGAUAAAACGGAGUGUGGUGCGCAGUCCAUCUGCUCUGAGGCCAGGCAGCUGUGUGGGACACCGAGUGUGGAUCCUGCUGGCCAUGACCCAUCUCACUCUGGACUUCUCAGUGUGCAGUCCACUCAGUCAAGGUCUGGGGAUCAAACUCACGCCCAAGCCGGUGCCUCGCUCACGGCCUCGCUUGCAGCCCCUGUGGGACACGCCCAAUAAGCUACACUGGAGAACAGUGAGCCCAUUGGCCCACCGACUUUUCAGCCCUGCCUCUCUACCCAAAGACUACAGGGCAGGGAUUGGGUCAAAAGUCAAGGGACAGCAGCAUCGGAGUCCAGCACAUAAAGGAAAAGCAACGUGUAAGGAAUGCCAGUUGAGAUACUCUCACAUGCAGACAGGUGGUCCUUUGGCUCUUAUAGCAGAAGUUCCAGAAGCUUUAUCCAGCAGGAGCAGAGGAGUAGACACAGUAAGGUUGUUACUUAGAGCCAGAAGGCAGCUCAAAUCUGACAGCUACGACAAGUCUCAGGAGGGCCGGACUACCACUGUGGCUGGAUUUAUUGACUGGGGACCCACAGGUCCAGAUAACAUAGAUGGGGACAACAAAGAGGAGCCAAAUGUAACGCUGUUCCCGCGGGUCUCAUCUACCACAGUGGCCACAACGACUAGCACGACAACCAGGUCCUCCAAAAGGACGUUCUCUGUAGUUACCACACCAGAGCCCAAGAGGGCGAGCACCACCAAGGCCCCGAUCAGCUCGGAGACUGUAAAACCACCAAAGCCAUAUGGGGAUACACCAGGUUUGGCAGUUCACCAGAUUAUCACAAUCACUGUGUCUCUUAUUAUGGUCAUCGCAGCCUUGAUCACAACACUCGUCCUUAAGAACUGCUGUGCACAGUCUGGAAAUGGUCGCCACAAUAGCCAUCAGCGCAAGAUCCACCAGCAGGAAGAGAGCUGCCAAAAUCUGACAGACUUCACCCCGGCCCGGGUGCCCAGCAAGGUGGACAUAUUCACUGCCUACAAUGACAGCCUGCAGUGCUCACAUGAGUGCGUCCGGACUGCUGUGCCCAUCUACACUGAUGAGAUGAUUCAGCAGACGCCCGUCUACAAGACAGCUUACAAUGGAAACAGACCCUCCCCCACUGAGCGACAGCUGAUUCCUGUGGCCUUUGUGUCCGAGAAAUGGUUUGAGAUCUCCUGUUGACGUGCUGAAGGCCUUGUUCACUUGGUGUGGGUGGAGAGAGACUCUCUGGAAUCAUGCUCUGGAUCCAACUGGAAACAAGAGACACACAAGAAACAGCUUCUUUUGUUAAGUAGUGUAAUCUCUCUUUGGACACAGGUGAAGAUAUUUAUUUUUCUAAAGCUGACGAGCAGAGCAGCCACACCGCUGCCAAUCCAUAUUUCCAGGAACAUACAGUCACUUAGAUAUAGGUUACAUGUAGGAAUAUUUACAGGAUGUGUGGGGCAAGACUGUGGUUAUCACAGAUGUCUCGAGGAAAAAAAAUAAAAACACGGGACAUUUGGAAAAGGAACCUAGGGAACUGCUGUGGGUGGAAGAUGAACUGUAUUCAUGAACAAUGUGCCAAUAAUGCCACUAUGUGCCACAACCUGGAUAGAAAGACAUUUCAACAACAAUUGAUGGACUUAACAAAGAGCGUAUAUUAACCCUGUAUUGAUUCCAGUUGCAUUUUUUUUUUGUUUUUUUUAAAGAAAGUUUAAAGUUAACAAAAAAAUGCUACAAAAUGUAUUUGAACAUGUUUUCAAAUAGUUUAAGAAAUGUGUUGCAAAAGAGUCUUAAAGGUAUUUAUAAAGAUAUUGUUGGAAAGAAGAGGGUAAAUGAGAAGGAGGAGGAAAAAAGAAAAGAAAAGCAACGGUAUAUGCUUUACUGAACAGUUGAUUUUAAAUAAUCGUUUCUACAGGUCUCAUUUUAGGAACAAAUUGCUACGUCUAUUUUUUUACACAGUAUAGUCUGCCGCAGCCCAAACAGUCGAGGUCCAGAGCACUUGGAACUCAACACAGUUAAUAAAUUCUCUUUCCACCCCCCACGCCCAGAUUAUAACAAAGAAAUCCAUCUGAAAACACCUGUGCCAAUCCAAUGCCUGCUUCCACUGCUCAUUGUGUACGGUUAGAACCUGACCACAGUUCAUAGAAAGACAUACAAAAGGUUUCUGUGAUGCAGGCUCACAGCUUCACUGAAUCCCGAUACAGCAAAUCCAUGUACUGACUGCACAACAGACUGCAUGGAGCUGGGCAGGACAUUCACACUGCCUCAGGUCUGUCUAGCUCCUUUGCACCCAAAUCUAUUGGUUAUAGCCACAGCAGCUGUUUGGGAUGAAUCCUAAUGACUUUUUAUGAUUCAUAUCUGAGCUGCAAGACUAAAAGAGUGGAAUAGAUUCAAUUUGCGCUUCACAUUCAUGUGAUAAUUUGCAUGAAUAGGAAAGAGAUUGAAAAAACUAAUCCCUCCGCAGACAGUACAUUAAUAUCCCUUCCCGACUCCCACAUUGGUUCAGUUUUGACAAAUUAUUUUUGAAACAUUAAAGUCGGAUUUAUAGUUACAAAGUCAAGAAGGACAUGACCCAAUUUAUCAAAGACGGUACGUAAAAUGAUCUCCGAGCUUUUCAACUGAUAUCAAAAAGGGAAGCUUCUGCAGAAGGUGCUGCAGGAAGGACAGCCCAUCAGGAUUUAAAAUGAUCCACAUCCACGUUGUGUGUUUGAAAUACAGGAUGUAAGCAGGAGCGAAUUCCCUCCCUGAGUGUGUGGUGAACGGUGAGUUGACUCUCUUCAGAGUCAGAUCCACGCGAUACUUGACAACAAUACCAGAAUAUCAGAAGCAUAUCAGACUUUCAGCUAUCACAGCCAGUGCACAAAUAAAUUAUUUGUGCCGAAAGAAGCGGAGCAGAGGUACAAAGCAUACCUGUGAGAAAGUUUAAUUUAGUUCUUUCGGAAAACUGAAAACACUCCAUCGGUACAUUGUGGAAGCAAGGGGAUUAAGAUGCGCCAGUCAGCUGCUGCCAAAUUGGUUUAAACUAUCUCUUAAGUCAAGGUGAGUGGACUCUGUGGUCAAGAAGGACAGUUAAGCUCUGCUGAGAGUUUUCUAGCACCACUAAUUUUAUCAACUUCAAUCUCUAAAAGAGGGAUUACCCAUGUGCUAUGAAGCUUUUGAGGAAGCCACUGCUCAAUCUACCAUUUCUUGUGCUGUGGGUUUGUACAAAGCACAAAUACAAUACUGUAAUUGCAAAUGUUUUUGGCUGCAGACAGCAAUAUGUACAGAUUUGAAAAAGGUGGGUUUUAUUACGUGUCGACGCGGAUCUCCAGGAAAUAGAUUAGUUAGGUCUUAUGGGCUUGUCUCUCGCUUCCUGAGAAGAACAUGUGAGAUCACCAUCCACACAGUAAAUGUGAGCCAUUCAGGAGGUGCCACGAUGGCCCGCGAUAAACACUGUGGUGCAAAACUCCGGCUUUUGCCCAUUCUCAACAUGAAAACCGCUCCCAUGAAUGACCCAUACCAGUUCAGCCUCACGCGCGUGUCAGGCGACAGAGUUGCUUCUUUGACAUAACUUAUAUUUUUUUGAAUGGAGUGUUAUCUCACUAGUCAGAGGGUUACAAAAAAAACUUACUGUAUAUUAUACACGUGUAAAUGUAUUUUAUAUAUAUAUUUGCUUCUAUUUGUGUACAGGCGUGUUCUAUUUUUCGAGACCUGUCCCAUUUUUGGGAAGGUUCUAAGCUAGGUCGGGGACAAUGUCUUUGUUUACAUGUGCAACUACGGUAUUUCUUUCAAAACACAAAACUAACCUUGUGCCAAGCUUCCUACCUGCACUUUCAAGCAGUUCUUGUAUUAUAUAUUUAGCUAACCAGUAUAAUACUACAGUAGACACUGCAAUAGAGACUGGAUUGUGAUUUUUCAGGUGGUCUGUGUGAGAGGAACAGCGGCGAAUGGUUCAAAAUGGUGUCUUGAGCAAACCGCGGGCUCUGCUGUAUCUGUGGUUGCCUGGGAAACCAAUGACUCGCUGUUCUUGAACAUCAUUUCUACAUCAACUCUAAUAUAAUAUCACGUGAAUAUUACAAAGUGGGAAUCCAGCAGCUGCCAAGAAAAAUGACAAAACUUGAUCCACACCGCGCUGUGUUCAUUUGUCAUAUUUCUCAUAUUUGAUACAACCGCCCCAGACAAUGUAUGACAUUUGACAUACUUUACUGUAAUGACUGUGAAGACUAAUGUUACCAUUUAUAAGCAUCUAAUAUAACCAGGACAAGACGUCUACAGACAGACACAUGAAAGGAGAGCGUGUGUGAAGUUCCCCUUUUAUUUACAUUUCCCAUCGUAAAGCGACUGCUGAAUUGACCUAUUUUCAAAACACAGUGACGUGGGAAGCCAUUGACUUAUUUUCAUCGUAGGCCUUUAACGGAUCAUUUUGGUUUAUUUCAACUUGGCGUUAUUUUUAGACAUGCUAUCAGCAGUAGGCCAGAUGCUGAACUAUCUGUUUCUUUGUGGCUGUAAUUGCAUGAGCUGAGCCCGUGCCUGUCAUGCUUACACGCUAAACUGAGGCGACAAACACGGUAAUCAGGACAUCAGUGUAUUGGAAUUGCACGCGCACGCAGCACAGACACGGUGGAGUCAGAGGCUCGUGGCUAAAAUGAAGUCUGACAGGGUGAAACACAAGCGCACAGCUGUGCACAAACACACACGUGUGGUGAGUCUAACUUGAUCCUUCCAGUGUGUAAACUGGAUGGAUGGAUGUGUAUAACAGAGACUAAGUGUAAUGAUUUUACUGUUUACCCUCAUUUUCUCAGCUCAUUAUUCUUGCCUUGUCAGACUUCCUUGUAGUGAUGUUGCCCAGUUCCAAGCUUUCGGCAAUUAACUUGUGUAGUGCACAUUAAUAACUAAUGAAAGGAGAAGUAUUGUGUUAUAGUGUUAAAACAAGACCCAAGUUGCACUAAACCAGACUUAUCCUUGAGCUUUAAUAGUGUAGCCUGUGGGAGAUCUGUUCCCACUUCAGUUCUCUAUUGCACUCACAUACUUUCUGUAGUGUUUAUUCAAAUAAGGUACUUGUGACUGUCAUGUUGAGUAACACUGGGCAACAAUAACUGUAAAAUAUAACAUGAACCACCUGGGGUUUUGUAUCAAACUGGUUAUCAUUGUGAGGGACUGAACUAAAGGAAACGUUGAAUUUAAUAUUUUGUGGGUGAAAAAGAUUGCAAGGAUUUUACGUCAUUCAGCCUUAUUUGCAUUGUUAAACGUUUCUCAUUAAGGCGGACAUGCCUUUGGCUGGCAGCUGCCAAUUCACCUUUCGUUCCUGAUGGACAUUUAGACUAAAGAACAUCGUAACUUGCGGCUAUGAGAAAUAUUUGGAGGCAUCGGCGCAUAUCAGCCUUUUUACUUUUACCUCUGUCUAAAAUCAAACUGACGUAAGGGAAUGCCUUACUGCUUUCUUGCCUUUUCAGUUUAUAUUUCAGGAUAGCUGGCAAGUGGGGUGUAUCAUGGCUCAGAGGGGGGGAAAAUGAUUCCACUUUGCUGGUCAGAUUUGGUUCAGGAAUUAUUAUUUGAGAGCAGCACAGGAGAGGGCAGGAGAGACCGGGAGAAUCUUGUCGGAAAGUCUUCAAAAGACACCAAAGACUUGAUAUGCCUUUUUCACAAAGAAUGAAUCUUUUUUUUUUGCGUCUGCUGUUUCUGUCUCUUCUGCAGCCUAUGAAACCUUCGCUCCCUUCAGCACAAACAAGCUAUCAAUCAGCAAGGCUUUUCCUGUCAAGAUGAAGGAUGAUGCGCCGUGCACUCAUUUGCAGGGACUGUGAUUCCUGUUUACAUGUCAGACAUACAGAGUGGAACUUAUCGACACAUGUGUUGUUUGAAUUAGACGCUUGCUGAACAUCUCCAAGGCCAAGGUUUGUUUUUUUUCCAUCUCAUUGCAAGCAUUCACAUGCCAGGGGAGAGGAAUCGGUGUUUUGACCUAGUUUAAUCAUGGCCUUUGGGUGCCUGAUUAACCAGGAAAACACGUUUUACAGCUGGUACGUAUAUGGUAACACGGUGGGCACUUAUGGUGGUGUUAUUAUAUUAAAAGUCUAUAUCAGGUUGCUUAAAUAGCAAGGAGAGACUCAGCAGGAAGAAAAAUGAUACAGUGUGACCAAGAAAAGUUCAACUCAGAGGAGAGGACAACGUUUAUCUUCACAGACUGAGUUGUAUCUUAUAUUUUGAAUCUAUUUGGAUUCAAAAACUGUAGCUCCUCCACGUCAUCACAUACUGUGCGCUUAAUGUAUCUAAAGUGGAGGGCUCCGACUCUCCUCUUGGGUCAUGUUUUUACUUUUCUAUUCACAAGAGUUAAGGUGCUGUCACUGUCAGUGCUUACCGACACAGUCAAAAGACUUGAACAAUGGAAAAACAAAACGUGGUUUGCAGCAUUCCCCCAUGAUCCCCUCUGCGAGAUGGACACUAGCCGCCUGACACCAAUCUUCUGCAGUGACGUUUGAUUUGCAAAAAGGG